AUGUAUGGGAGACCCUUCCAAAUAGACCAUGCUCAGUUUCCUAACAGUGAAGUAGAUCCUAAAGGUCAGAUUGAGGCUUUUCUCUCACAAAUUCAAGCCUCCUUAACUGAAAUAAAAGACUAUACGACCUGGAGGCUGCUGGACCCUCCUGAUGGGUCCUUAUACCCCUUCUUACCAGGAGUCCUCAACAAGACCUACCCAGCAGGCGUGUCCUUCAACAUAUGGCUCAAACAGGAACUAAACAUGACCUACAUCACGGCCCAGGCCCAGAUAGAAAACUUGACUUUAAUGGAUAAUUGGAACAUCUCCCACCUCCAGGAUUGUGAAAUCUCCUUAAAAUGCCAACAGCACUGCUCAAACAUGCUGUUCCGUGAGCACAGUCCAAAAGGGCAAGGGAGCUUGUCUAGUGAGUGUUUGGGAGGAGAGAGAACUUGCAAUUUUCCAGAAAUUAAACAUGGAAAAACAUAUGGUGAAAAUCAACCUAAACGAACCUUCCCAGUUGCUAUGGGAAAAUAUUUGUACUAUACCUGUGAUCAUAGCUACUUGUCUGCUUCACAGUCUCUCUGGACUCGAAUAACCUGCACAGAGGAAGGCUGGUCACCAAUACCAAAGUGUCGCAGGCAGUGCUUUUUUCCUUCGGUGGAAAAUGGGCAUUCUUCGUCUUCAGGACAAAUACACCUGGAAGGUGACACUGUGCAAAUUUUAUGUGACACGGGCUACAAACUUGCCAAUGAUCAGAGCAGCAUUACAUGUAUGGAAGAUGACUGGUCCUCUCCUCCCAAAUGCAGCACUGCCGAUAUUUCUUGUGGGAAUCCACCCGAAGUGAAAAAUGCUAAUAUUAUCUCAGAACAGAAAACUAGGUAUCCACCUGGGGAGAGAGUGCGUUAUGAAUGUAACAAACCUUAUUCCCUGUAUGGGGAGGUAGAAGUGAUGUGUCUGAGAGGAACCUGGACAGAACCACCUGAGUGCAAAGAUUCUGAAGGAAAAUGUGGGUUCCCUCCACCUAUUGAAAAUGGAGACAUAAUUUCAUUCCCAUUACCCACGUAUGCUCAAGGAUCAACAGUUGAGUACCAAUGCCAGGCCUUCUAUGAACUUCGGGGUGACAAAUAUAUAAGGUGUAGAAAUGGACAGUGGUCAGAACCACCAAAAUGCUUAGAAGCAUGUGUAAUAUCAGAAGAAAUGAUGGAAAAACAUAAUAUAAAGUUGAAAUGGAAAUAUGACAAAAAAAUUUAUUUAAAAACAAAUGAUACUGUUGAAUUUACUUGUAAACGGGGAUAUACGGAAAAGACGCCAAGAGCAACUUUUCGAACAACUUGUCAGGAAGGGAAGCUGAAGUAUCCCAGUUGUGAAAAAUCAUACUUUGGUUAAAACGCGCUUAUAUAAUCGAUAUACAUACAUAUCCUCGAUUUUGUAUUAUUAAUCUAGUUUUUACAAUCUUAUUUU